AUGGAACAGUCUUUCAAAAACCGAGUUGCAGCAGCAGCGAGGGAAUAUUGUGCAAAAGCUCAAUGUUUCCCAAAUCAAUCAAGGUGAAUGGUUUUUGUUUAUUUUUGUUUGCCAGACACGAAUGAACUAUUAAAUCAAUCACUAGAUGACAAUCGAAUUUUAAAUAAUUCGAUAUACGUUUAACGCAUUUAAAGUACCCACAUGUUACAGAUUAGACUAUGUAAAUGCUGUCUUUUGUCGCAAUAAAUUCACAUAGCUGCUUGCCACAUGAGUGAAAAACCUCUAUAGCUUGGGAAAAAAGCGGGAAUUCAGCUAAUGCCCAUGAUAAAAUGGCCCUUAAAUGGUCCGUAAAAUCCUUUUGUGAACAAUUCCUUUCGUUAAGUUUGCAGUUGCUUAAAUUGCAAUUACCAUUGUGACGAACACAUCUUCAUUAACGUCCUUAAAGUCCUUUUGUAAACAUUUCCUCAUUAUUUACAUGUAUGAUAUCUUUAUUUUUAUUUUUCUUUAUCUUUAGACGAAGGCGCAUGUCUUUAGAUGUCAAAUUUACGGCUGACAUGGUUCAAAUUCUUCCUGGUUAUCCCAAACAGUCAGACGAUUCUCCUGGUGUAAUCUUACUGGCUUUCUACUUGAGUCUUCCACGAGGAAUUUCUCAAAGCAGUGUUGUCCCUCAGACAGUAUUGAGUAAGAUCGUGAUGGACCAUAAAGAGAACAUUCAAACAUCUAUUGGAGGUGAAAUCUUAAGUGCCGAUCCUUUACCAUCUGACGCAGGGGAACUGAACGACGGGGAAGUCGACAAGGAAAACGACGGACAGUCGAAACCACUGAACGUUAUUAUCGGGGCGUCGUUGGGUGGUGGACUGCUCUUAAUCAUUAUUGUUGCCGCUCUGAUAGGAUGCAAAAAGGCUGGCAGGUACUUCUAG